AUGACGAACGUCGACACUUCAAUUGGGGCUCGGGCCACCGGUGCCGCAGCUCGGUUCGCCGCCGAGCACUCAGAAGAGCACCCGCUGAAGCUCUACGGAGGCUGGUUCUGCCCCUUUGUGCAGCGAUCAUGGAUCGUGCUAUACGAGAAGCAGAUCCCGCACCAGUAUAUCGAGAUCAACCCUUACAAGAAGGACCCCGAGUUCCUCAAGUUGAACCCUCGUGGCCUGGUCCCGACCCUGGCCGUCCCCGUGGACGUCAAGGGCAACGAACAACGGCCGCUGUACGACAGCACGGUGGUCUGCGAGUACCUCAACGAGGCGUACGCCGGCAACAACUACGGACCGCACCUCCUUCCGGAGACACCGUAUGACCGCGCAAGGUGCAGGCUGUGGAUAGACCACAUCAACUCCCGCAUCGUGCCGGGCUUCUACAAGUUCAUUCAGCACACUCCAGAAAAGGAGUACAGCAUCGAACAGGUCCGAGAAGAGUUCUUGAGUAACAUCAAGACCUUCAUCAAGGAGAUGGACCCAGAGGGACCCUGGUUUCUAGGCCAAACUUUCAGUCUUGUCGACGUCAUGCUUGCCCCCUGGGCGAUGCGGCUGUUUCUCUUAGACCACUACAAGCCGGGGGGCCUUGGGAUUCCAACCAAAGGGGAAGAUGAGACCGAAAACAGGAUUUGGAAGAGAUGGAGCCAGUGGUAUAAUGCUAUCGAAGAAAGACAAAGUGUAAAAGACACACUUAGCGACAAAGACGCCUACAUCGAGGUAUACAAGCGGUACGCCGAAGACAAGACGAACUCGGGGGUAGGGCAAGCGACUAGAGGCGGGAAGAAUCUGCCUUAA